AUGAAAAUUGGUGAUAAUAUAUUAGUUGAUGGAAAAUUUCCAGCAACUAUUUUAUAUAUUGGUUUAGUUGAUGAUCAUCCUGGAGAAUGGAUUGGAAUUGAAUAUUGGAAUCAACAAGGAAAACAUAAUGGAUAUUUUAAUGGAAAAUUUUAUUUUCAAACAAAACAUCAACUUAAUGGAGCAUUUAUUAGACCACAAAGAAUUCAAUAUGGAAAUUCUUUUACUCAAGCUAUUUAUAAACAAUAUAUUAAAGCUUUUUCAAAUGAUUAUAUUAAUCAUGAUAUUAAUUAUUCGAUUUUCGGUAAACAAUAUAGUGAUUAUGCUGUUGAAUUAUCAUCAAUAAUUCGAAUAGAUUUAUCAUCUCAAUGGGUUAACGAAUUUGAUGAUAAUGAUUAUAUAUAUAAUAAUCUUUGUCAGAUAAAAGAACUUAAUAUUCGACAAAAUUUAAUUAAAAAUUGGUCUCAAUUAUGGAUUAUUUUAGAAAAAUAUUUUCCCAAAUUAGAAAUCUUAAAUGUUAGUAAUUCUCGAAUCAAUUUUGAUAUCAAUCCAUCAAAUGAAUUUAUUAAUAUAAAACAAAUUGUUCUUAUUGAUAUAGAUAAUGAUUGUCAUUCAUUUGAAUAUAUUUUAAAAUAUUUUCCAAAUUUAAUUGAUAUUCAUUUAGAUUUAAAUCAUUUAACUUUUAUAUCAGAAAAUUUUGUUAAUAAAAUAAAAAAUGUAACUAAUUUAUCAUUAUCAGAUAAUCAAAGAUUAAUAGAAUGGGAUCCAUUUAUUAAUCGAUUAGGUUUACUUCCAUUUCUUCAAGAAUUAAUUAUUAAUAAUUGUGGUAUAGAACAAAUUAAAUUGCCUAAUCAAGAAUUAAUUAUUAAUAAUUGUGGUAUAGAACAAAUUAAAUUACCUGAUCAAGAUUUUAACGUUGAUUCAAAUGAAUUAUUUCAAUCAUUAAAAUAUGUUUAUAUAUCUGAUAAUAAAAUAAGUUCAUAUUCAUCAUUAAUAUCAUUAAAUAUACUUCGAAAUCCAAUAUAUGGAUUAAAUCAAUUUGAAAAUGAAAUAGCUAAACAAAUGAUUAUAGCUCGUUUACUUAAUUUAACAUAUUUAAAUCGGGUUAUUAUUAAUCAAGAUGAAAGACGUGGAGCUGAAAUUAAUUAUUUAGAAGGUUAUGCUCAAGAUAAUUUUGAUAAAAAAUAA